CUGAAGUCAUUUUUGCUAAAUUUUCUCAACUACUCUCACACUGUAGUGAAGUUAAUAGUGCAGAUGUGCCAUCAUCUCUCAAAGAUGCUUAUCAGUGGCUAAAAGAAAAUAAAAGAAUUCCUGGAAAAGCUUAUGCUUCAUUCAUGCAGUCACAUGGUUAUCGUUGUCUGAAAGAGUAUGACUUAUAUUCUGUUCGUUGGGAAGAAAAACCUUUAGAAUUAAUUAAAUGCAUUCAGGCUAUGUUAAAUAACAAGAAAAAUGGAUUAUCUGAAGAAAGAGCAUUGAGUGUUAAAGAAGCUGUAAACAAAUUGGGAAUUUCUGGAGGAUUUAUAAAAAGAAAGUUUCUUGAAUUAAUGACAACUUGGGGUAGACAUGGUGUUAGAACAAGAGAAGAAUCAAAAAUCUCUCCUGGUAUUAAGGCUUCCAACAGCUCUGCAUUUUCCAUGAGACAAUUACAUUUCUAUCUAGGAUGCCAAAGAAGUGUGAGAGGUGUUAUAAUUUACAUUUCUAUUUGUGCCAGACAAGUGUUAUGUCUACCUCAUCAGAUGCUAUGGUUUGAAAUGUAUGUUGAGACGUAG